AGAGAGAGAGAGAGAGAGAGAGCGAGAGCCCCACCGACCCUCGAGCGACCGUGGUGAGGAGGCAGCGACUGGAGGAGCAAAAGCUGGGCGGGGGAGAGCAACUGCAGAAAUAAGAGAUCCCAAAAACAUUGCUGAAUUUCCAGCAAUUUACCUUUAAAGAGAAGCCAGAAGAAAGAGAAAUAAUACAAUGUCCUCAACGGGUAAAGACAACAGCGCCCAGCACGCCAAUUACGUGGGACCGUACCGCCUGGAAAAGACGCUUGGAAAGGGACAGACAGGCUUGGUGAAGUUGGGGGUCCACUGCGUCACAUGCCAGAAAGUUGCCAUAAAGAUCGUGAACCGGGAGAAACUCAGUGAAUCAGUAUUGAUGAAGGUGGAGAGGGAAAUAGCCAUUCUGAAGCUCAUAGAACAUCCUCAUGUAUUGAAGUUGCACGACGUCUAUGAAAACAAGAAAUAUUUAUAUUUGGUUCUAGAGCACGUGUCAGGUGGUGAACUGUUUGAUUAUCUGGUAAAGAAGGGCAGGUUAACACCCAAAGAAGCCCGAAAGUUCUUCAGACAGAUUAUCUCCGCGCUGGACUUCUGCCACAGUCAUUCAAUAUGCCACAGAGACCUGAAACCAGAGAACCUGCUGCUGGAUGAGAAGAACAACAUUAGGAUAGCAGACUUUGGAAUGGCUUCUCUGCAGGUUGGAGAUAGUCUCCUGGAAACUAGCUGUGGCUCUCCACACUAUGCCUGCCCAGAGGUGAUUAGGGGGGAGAAGUAUGAUGGCAGGAAAGCAGAUGUUUGGAGCUGUGGGGUCAUUCUCUUUGCACUUUUAGUGGGUGCUCUGCCAUUCGAUGACGACAACCUGAGGAACCUUCUGGAGAAGGUAAAGUUGGGAGUGUUCCACAUGCCUCACUUCAUCCCUCCAGACUGCCAGAACCUGCUGAGGGGCAUGAUUGAAGUGGACGCAGCCAAAAGACUCACGUUAGAACAGAUACAGAAGCACACGUGGUACAUAGGGGGAAAGAAUGAGCCGGAACCAGAGCAGCCCGUCCCACGGAAAGUGGCUAUCCGGACGCUGCCCUCGGCCGAGGACAUCGACCCGGACGUGCUGGAGAGCAUGCACUCACUUGGCUGCUUCCGGGAUAAAAACAAACUGAUGAAGGACCUGCUGUCGGACGAUGACAACCAAGAGAAGAUGAUCUAUUUCCUGCUGCUGGACCGUAAGGAGAGGUAUCCCAGUCACGAGGACCAGAACCUGCCCCCCCGCAACGAGAUCGACCCUCCCAGGAAGCGGGUGGACUCUCCACUGCUGACCAGGCACAACAAGAGGAGGCCGGAGCGCAAGUCGAUGGAGGUGCUAAGUGUGACUGAGGGAGGCUCUCCGGUACCUGUCCGACGAGCCAUUGACAUGACCCAACAUGGACAGAGUAAAUCUGUUUUCAGUAAAAGCCUGGAUAUUUCAGAUGCCAACCCCAAAGUGCAAAGCAAAGAAGAAAGGUCACGGUCCAUCAGCGGAGCCUCUUCUGGUCUCUCCACCAGUCCACUCAGCAGUCCACGGCCCGUGCGACGCUUUUUCAUCCCCCCACAAUCCUCGGAGCUCACGCAGUCCCCCAACCACAGCCCCACCCACUCGCCCCGGGCCAACGGCACAGGCCCCCACCCGCCCAAUGCCUUUCAGCCAAAGACAGGAGCCCUACAGCCCAACAACAAAACUCAGACCCUUCCAGCAAAGCCCAAAGUCUCAGAAAAGCCCCUACAGAGCACCAGGUCCAACCCCCUCCCCAACACCACGCCCAAACCUUCAACAGCCAAAUCUGAGCCCUCCACGCCCUCCACACCCACCCAUCCCCUCCCUCCGCCCAUCCCCAACAGCCCGAAGGUGCGCAGGCCGCCCCUCACUGUACCCCCGAAGCUCUCUGUACCUCUUUCUCAGGCUCCGCCCCUCUCACCUAUCCGGCUACACCACCACCACCUGCACCCGCUGGCCGGGACUGACCACAACGGCAAAUCUAUCCCCACUGUACAGGUCACCCCCCACCCUUCCCCCCGGGGCAGCCCUCUCCCGACCCCCAAAGGGACACCUGUGCACACACCCAAGGAGAGCCCGGCUGGGACCCCCAGCCCCACGCCGCCCCCCAGCCCCUCCAUUGGGGGCAUGCCCUGGAGGACACGCCUCAACUCCAUCAAGAACAGCUUCCUCGGCUCGCCGCGGUUCCACCGCAGGAAACUGCAAGUACCCACACAAGAGGAAAUGUCCAGCCUAACACCGGAGUCUUCCCCUGAGCUUGCCAAAAAGUCUUGGUUUGGUAAUUUCAUUAAUUUGGAGAAAGAGGAGCAGAUCUUCGUGGUGAUCCAGGACAAACCUCUGAGCUCAAUCAAAGCGGACAUUGUCCAUGCCUUUCUCUCAAUUCCCAGCCUCAGCCACAGUGUGGUGUCCCAGACGAGUUUCCGGGCCGAGUACAAGUCCACCGCUGGCCCUACCGUCUUCCAGAAACCUGUCAAGUUCCAGGUGGACAUCACCUACACGGAGAGCACAUCGGCCACCAAGGAGAACGGCAUCUACUCUGUCACCUUUACCCUGCUCUCAGGUCCCAGCCGACGCUUCAAACGAGUGGUGGAGACGAUUCAGGCUCAGUUGUUAAGUACACAUGAGCAGCCUGCCGUUCAGCAGCUGUCUGGGAUUAUCCAGAAAACGUGUUAGAGCCCAUCCGCAUCAUGUACAGUAUGUCGAUGGAAGGCACAUUACACAGCAAGUACAAGCUACGGAUGGACGCUCCUCAACGCUGACGCACGCAAACUUCACCAAGACACGUUCAUCCUCCGCACCUCACUCCUGCUCGAAGACUCACGUCUGAAGAAUUGAGAAAAAGCCUUAAGAAGAAGAACCACAACACUCAUUAAGCCCUGCUCUGAUCUACUUCCCCUUUACUUUCUCCCUUCCCCUCUUUCUGUUUGUGACCCCCCAAGUCUCUCUCGCUCUCUCUCCGUUUUCCCUCUUUCUUUUUUUCAUAUGCCAGCAGUUCUGUUGAAGGGAGGACGAGCUGUUGACAUUUCAGACACGGUCAGGCGUUUGAGGAGCCGCCCACACGGACUCUUGUUGGAUUGUAUUCUUUUCAAUGUAGUCUUUCUUUAUGAAUGACAGAAUUUAAAUAUUUUAUGGACUUUGUGUCAUUGCUGUACAAGAUUUUCAAAUCUUAUUUGAAAAAGGAAUGGGGUAGCCUAUUUUGGGGUGGUUCUGGGACGGGACUGUGGGGGUGGGUGAUGUUUCAGAUGUUUCAGCAAAUGAUCUAUUCUGUACAGACUGUAUAUGUUCCUUACGUAAAACUCGUCUGUGACUUUGCUUGGGCUGAUUGUGUUGCCAGUUUGUUUAUUUUCCCCCUUUAAGUGAUGAAAUCUUGUUUUAUCUUUCACCUUUGAGUGAAAUUAUGCUUAAUGUAUUCUUUUGAUGUCAGAUUUUUUAAAAAUCUUUUUUCCCUUUUCUUUUGGAAAAGCAUCUGCAGGAUUCAGAGACCUUUGGCCACAGUUGUGUAUAAUUUUAUAACUUAUUUAUCAUCCUAUUUUAUUUGUUCUCGUCUGUAUUAUUAUUUUUUUGUUUAAUUUAUUCAGCUGGGACUAUUUAUAAACCAAAAUCGGGUAGUUUAGUGUUUGUAUCGGAGCUACUUGUCAGAUUGUUUUGAAGAAUUUCGUCACUCUUUUCUUUUCCCGGCUUUGACCAGAAAAAGAGCUUGUAGUAUAUGUUAAAUUAUUUACCAGUAAUUUAAGAAUGUAGACUAGCCUCUUUACGGGGGGAGGGGGAGGGGGGGGUUAUACGAAGUUAUGAACUAUUGAUAUUCGUCACUUUUCAUCUCAUAGUGCGUGUACAACAGGUCCACACCUUCGAACCACAUGAUGUAAAUAGACGACUUUUUUGGCAAUGAGUUUCUUAAAGGCACCGAGGGGAUGCUCCUGCUCCUAGCUGUGUUCUCGUAUUUGCCGUUUGCAUGUCCGACAUUCGGCUUUUCUUUGCAUGAUGUUGUUGUAGAUGUUCGAUUUUGCCCUGUCCUGCACCUUUUCCCCCCUCUUUUUCAGGACGAUCAACUUGUUUCUCCCUCUCACCGUUUACGUUUCUCUUCUCAUCCCUUUCUUUGUUUGUCUUUUAUUUUGACUCUUUUUUUGUUGUUUUUUUUGACUCUCUUCCUCUCCUCAUUGCUUUCUUCAGUAUUCUGUACUGCUCUCUCUGAGAGGGGUCCGAUGAUGUCGUAACCCAGAUGGAUAUCCAUGGCCCGGG